CAGUUACUUAGCAGCAGUCAUGUCGGAAGCGGUCGUCAUGAAUCGUGUCUUUCGGUACUUUAUGAAGUUCCACGGGUACUUCAUUGCAUUCUGCACCAUCUUCUUCACGUCGGUGAUCAUCGUGACCUCGUUUACCGGGCGCGAUCUACACGAGGAACCGUUCGUAAUUGAGGAGGAAUAUGAAGCUGUGCAGCGGUAUCCGAUUUUGAUUCAGGUAGAAUCGGCCCUGUGGCUAUGUGCCUCUGUGAUAUUGGCCGUUGGCCUAUACAAGGAAAACAAAUCAUUCCUCACCCCCUUCCUGGCGCUGUUCAUCAUCGAUGGGGCCGUGGUGGUGGUACAGGAGAUACUGAACCUCUGCACCGGAAGGCAGUCCGAGCUAGCAUCGAUCAAAACGCGGCAGUUGGUCGUCAUGAUUUUGCUCAACGUGUACGUGCUGGUCAGCCUGGUGGUACUGUAUCGGAUGUUUGCAAAAGGACCACUUCCCACCAGUCAGAAUAACUUUGUCCGGUUUGACAACGAGCGGGACAUCGAAAGUCAAGUGCCGGCCGCUGGCGGUCAGCAACAACUACAACAGCAGCAGCAGCAGCAACCACAGCAACCAUCGCAAAACCGAAGCUAGUGACUUUAUUUAGUUAAUUCAUGAUUGAUUAAGGUGAUUUUAGUGACUAACGAGAAAACGAGAAGGUGAACUAUAUUUUAGGAUGCGCGGAUAGUGCGAACUCGUCGCGUUAUUGACUUUUUUUCUUCUCUGUUUACUAUAUGUUUAUACAUAGUGAGAAAGUGGCAUGUGAAUUGUACAUAUACCUAGAUGAGCGAUAAUUAAAA